UCACAAUUGUAUCUGUGAAGGACAUGUAACUGAACCAACUCCAUCGGAUCUGCUGUACAUAAAAGCUAUAGAUCCAAGUUUAAUUUUAACCAAAAUACCGAAUAAAACCAAUGAGUUUAGCUCCAGAAUAUUUAAUUCCUUUCGCGUACUACCAUCCAUAAAGCAAAUAGCAAAUAGAUCGACGAACAGAAGUCAAAAUCCGAAAACAAUUAGUUAUUUUUCGGAGAUUUCGAAUCAAAGAAGAGUUCGCCGAAAAGCAUCGGCCGAUAUGUUAAGUCGAAAUAUAUCAUUGAUUUUGGAAAACCUACUGAAGCGCUACGAACAGUCCCAGCUACCCACUCAUGGCCAAGGUGUUCCCACAGUCGUACAAACCAAUAUACUAAUCCGUAGCAUGGGUCCAGUAUCGGAAUUGGAUAUGGACUACUCUAUGGAUUGCUAUUUUCGGCAGUAUUGGCGGGAUAAACGGCUAAGUUUUAAGGGUCCCAUCAAGAGCUUAUCCCUGAGCAUCAAAAUGCUGGAUAAGAUUUGGAGGCCAGACACGUAUUUCUACAAUGGCAAGCAUUCCCAGAUUCACAUGAUUACUGUACCUAAUAAAUUGCUCAGACUGGAUCAAAAUGGUGGGAUUCUUUAUUCAAUGCGCUUAACAAUUAAAGCCACAUGUCCAAUGGAGCUGCAAAACUUUCCAAUGGACAGGCAAUCAUGUCCCCUUGUUAUUGGAAGUUAUGGCUAUAUAAACCAACAGCUAAUCUACGAAUGGAAGAAUCAGGACGAUGCCGUCUCCUUCGUUCCUGGAAUGACUUUAAAUCAAUUUGAUCUUAUUAGCAUGAUGCAUCGAAAUUUUACAACAGUGCGUCGUGAAGGUGACUUUUCAGUCUUGCAUGUUGCAUUUAACCUCAAACGUCAUACUGGAUAUUUUCUGAUUCAGGUAUAUGUACCCUGCAUAUUGAUCGUGGUUCUGUCUUGGGUCUCGUUUUGGAUACAUCGCGAGGCCACCAGUGACAGGGUCAGCCUUUGUGUAACCUCAGUACUGACUCUAUCUACCAUAAGUUUGGACUCACGAACAGAUUUGCCAAAAGUCAAAUAUGCCACCGCCUUGGAUUGGUUUCUAUUGAUGAGCUUUCUGUAUUGCAUUGCUACAUUAUUGGAAUUCGCCGGUGUCCAUUACUUUACGAAACUUGGAAGUGGAGAGAGUCCCCAACUAGAGGAUCAGUGGGAGGACAUCUGCAUAGCUAACUCAUUAUCAGAUCACGGGGCGGAUGCUGAUGGUGACGGUGAUCCCUAUGCAGAUGAGGAGUCCAGUGAUGGCACUGAGAAUGAUGAGAACGAGGGAGGAGCAAGUGAGUCCAAUGACUCGAAAAGCGAAGUCUGUGCUUGCAACAAAAAUGACGGCUUGGGCCUGGAAUAUGAGGUGUCGUUGCAGAAUUCAUUGACCGGUGGUGGUUUUCUCAAGCGGAAUGCCAUUUUUUGUCCCACAUAUAAUGACCCAUCGUAUAUCCUGCCGAAUACCAUGGAGAGAACCACACAAACAGAGCCGCCAGCCGUAUCCCGGUUGCAUCAGAUGUGGAUGUGCCUAAAAAGUGACAACAGUUUCCGGAAACAACGAGAACGCAAUGCUGCGGCCCAGAAAAACGAACAAGGAAGCGCCAAUUGCUAUGUGAAUAGUGUAUCCUUAAUCGAUCGAGUGGCACGUAUUGCCUUUCCCAUGUCCUUUGCAUUUCUCAAUCUUUUGUACUGGUGGGCUUAUGGAAUGUAUAAGAAAGAGUUCUCAUGGUCCAAUAUGAAGUCAUAGACGAGAAAUAAAUUAAUGUUAGUAAAAGUUAUUAGAAAUAUAUAAUAAUUAAAUUUAUUUCAUUGUGUGACAAUAUGGUAAAAUUUGAGGUCUUAGAUCUACAAAUAAAGGUUUUAGAUUUUGUUUUGCGG